CGACCCGGAGCUCCCGGCAGGCUGCUCCCCUGCCCAGUCUCAAUUCCCGGAGGCUCCUCCCGUCUGACAGGUGGCACAGACAUGUCCAGUAGAAGAGCUCAGGUCUGCCCUGACCCGGCAAACCACAACCCUGAAAGAGAUUCCGGGUCCCCCGCCACACACAAGCGAGUACUCUGCCACCGACUGUUUGCACUUCAAUUUCAGCUGAAUUUUCCACUCUUUCUUUCCCUACAAGAUAGUUCCGCGGGAACAAAUGGUGGAGCCAAGUCACCUCGCUGGUCACAAAAGAUCAUUUUGUCUACCCACAGGAAGCUUGGGGCAGCUGCGUUGCCUCAGGCAUAAAUCAAAAGAGGAAAGCCAGCUACCAAGUGAAACCUAGGCCUGGAGAGAGGAUGAAAGGGAGCAGGGAUUGAGGGAAGCAAAGGGAGGAAGAAAGGACCCCUCAGGAUGCGGGGACUGGGCCAGAAACAACAAACAAAAGUCCUCUGCCGAGACGGCCGGAGAAGCCAACUACGGAAGGAUAAGAUGAAGUUCUUGAUACUCGGAAAGCAGGAGGGAAGAACUCCAGCGAGCCACACACACACGCCUGGAGCCAGUCAGCCUCGGCAGCGCAGGACGCGUUCUCUGGACGCGUGGACUAAAGGGGAGCUCCUGGUCACAGUGGGAACCAUGAUUUCCCUCCUUUACAUCUGGCUGUAUUCCCAGAGUUUCCAUUUCCAUGUGGCACAUUUUUAUGCUCAUCUUGGGUACCCCAGGGCUCAACUUAUUGUUGGGCAGAGAUACCUGAAAGGAGCUGGUGUGGUGAAAGAUGAAGAAAGGGCAAUGCAUUGGUUUAGACAAGCCUCACAGCAGGACCAUACCCAUGCUGCCUUUAACCUUGCAGUAAGAAAGCUGAAAAACAGCCGGACGGAAGUAGGGAUACCUUCCCUCAUACCAACUGGUGGGUGUGGCAACAUCCACCACGGUCACCAUGGCAACCAAUGGGCUGUGUUUGACUCAUACUUCUACAUGUAGCCAAGUUCCUGC